UGUGCGGGUGCAGGGUCAGUCACACUGCCAGAGUCCCUGCUGUUCGUCUCCACUCUGGACGGGAGUCUACACGCUGUCAGCAAACAGACCGGAGACAUCAAGUGGACACUCAAAGAAGAUCCUAUCAUACAAGUACCAGUCUAUCUGCCCGAGCCUGGGUUUCUCCCUGAUCCAAAUGAUGGCAGCCUCUAUGUGCUUGGAGGUAAACACAAGGAAGGACUGAUGAAACUACCAUUCACAAUUCCAGAGCUGGUGCAGUCUUCACCGUGCAGAAGCUCAGAUGGAGUCCUAUACACAGGUAAGAAGCAGGACAGCUGGUUUGUCAUUGACGCUCAGACGGGAGAGAAACAGACAAGAUUAAGCACCGCCUACUCAGACCCCAUCUGUCCAUCAAACCCACUCCUCUAUAUCGGACGCACAGAGUACAUGAUUACCAUGUAUGACACCAAGACUCAGGAGCUUCGCUGGAAUGCCACCUAUAACGACUAUUCUGCACCACUCUACGAUGACCAGACCUACGAGUACAAGCUGUCCCACUUUGCGUCCAGCGGUGAUGGUCUGGUGGUGACUGUGGACCGUGCGUCGGGGGAGGUUCUGUGGAUGCAGCGCUUCGGUUCUCCAGUGGCCGCGUUCUACCUGUGGAACCAGGAGAACCUCCGCCGAGCCCCGCACCUCACCGUCGCCACGGAGACGCUGCGAUACCUCACCUUCAACGCCCACGACGCACACACACACACCGUCAGGUGGAGCUAUCACCUCAACCAGGACCAGCACAGCACCAAGACCCAGCUGGUGCCCACCCUGUUCGUGGGGAAGAUGGACUCUCACCUCUACGCUUCUACUUCCCUCGUCCACCAGGGAGUGGCCAUCGUGCCCCGGGGCCUCACGCUGGCGCGGAUCGAGGGGCCAAUCACAGAGGAGGUGACGGUGCGUGGGCGGGGCGAGUGCGGCAUGACGCAGCUGACGGACGUCAAGUACCCACCGGGCAGCACAGAGUCCCUACACAACCAGUGGCUCCUCAUAGGUCAUCAUGAGGUUCCUCCUCUGGCUCACACCACUAUGAUGAGAGAUUUCCCAGAAUCCCUGCAGCACUCUGGUGAUGUCAUCCCUUCUCGCCCCGCCCCCUACAGACCUGCUCCUUUGCCGUCGAUGACAGGCUCUGGAGGCUCCGCCCCUGUGCCCCCCGACACGGUGACCUCUGACCCCGUGACCCUGCUGGUGCUCACACUGUUGCUAGGCGCCUGGCUGGCCAUCCUCUUCUCACACACACAGCGGAUUCAGAAACUCCUGAACUCCCACCAAUCAGCGUCCUCCCACCAAAUGGCCAAUCAGAACUCACCACCAUAUUUGGACACACCUCUAACUUCCUCCACCAGCAGCCAAUCAGAAAGAACUAGCUCCACCCCGUCCAGUCAGGGCCCCCAAUCAGAAAGCACCAGUCCCACCCACUCGCAGGCUCCCAGCCAAUCAACAGAUGAGGUGACUGUGGGGAAAAUCUCCUUCAACCCUUCAGAGGUUCUGGGACAUGGAACCGAGGGAACCUUUGUCUUCAAGGGUCGAUUUGACGGGCGUAAGGUGGCGGUAAAGCGGAUUCUUCCGGAGUGUGUGGAGUUUGCGGAGCGUGAGGUGCAGUUACUCCGGGAGUCAGACGAGCACCCCAACGUCAUCCGCUACUUCUGCACAGAGAGGGACCGCCAGUUCACCUACAUCGCCAUAGAGCUGUGUGCAGCCACCCUACAGCAGUAUGUGGAGGACCCGGGCUGCCCAUACUCCUGCCUGAAUCCCAUCACACUGCUGGAGCAGACCAUGUCUGGCCUCAGUCACCUCCACUCCCUCAACAUCGUGCACAGAGAUCUGAAGCCGUGUAACAUCCUGUUGUCGUGUGGGGGGGUGUUGGGUCGCGUGCGAGCGCUCAUCUCUGAUUUCGGACUCUGCAAGAAGCUGCCAGCCGACCGACACAGCUUCAGCUUGAGCUCAGGACUUACGGGGACACAGGGAUGGAUCGCCCCUGAGCUGCUCACACACACACACACCGCUAGCACACGACCCACGUGUGCGGUGGACAUCUUCUCUGCGGGGUGUGUGUUCUACUACGUGGUGUCCAGGGGAAUGCACCCGUUUGGAGACGCCCUCCGUCGCCAAGGAAACAUCCUCUCAGGAGACUACAGCCUGGAACACUUCAUGGAGGACCUGCACGAGGAUGUGAUCGCUCGGGACCUGAUUGAAAAGAUGAUCAGUCCGGAGCCAGAGCCACGCCCUCCUGCAUGCGCCAUCCUCAAACACCCCUUCUUCUGGGCCCCCGACAAACAGCUGCAGUUCUUCCAGGAUGUGAGUGACCGUAUAGAGAAGGAGGCAGCAGACAGUGAGAUUGUGUUGCGCCUGGAAACAGCUGGAAGGGGCGUGGUCAGAACCAACUGGAGAAUGCACAUCUCGUCACCUUUACAAGCAGACCUGAGGAAGUUCCGCACGUAUAAAGGAAACUCCGUCAGAGAUCUGCUCA